UCUGAGAUGGAAACAUCGCUAAAACUCAAGCUAAUGUCUGAAAUGUUAUGAUGUGUUGUUUGAGGUUGUGUUUACAUGCUCAGUACUUGCUUAGUAGUUGCUUGAUAAUGUGUGUAAAGUGUGUAAUGUGUUGUUUCAGGUUGUGCAUUACAGCUAUACUAACUGUUGUGUAAUAUGUUGUUUCAGGUUAAUGUCAAGAUGUCACGGGAGAAGAGGAGUUGUCAAAGUCUUUUGGUCUUUAGCUAAGGUGAAGUUGUCACGGGUGCAUUUGGAGAUGUGAAAACAUUUUGGUCUGUAGCUCAUGUGAAAGCAUUUUGGUCUGUAGCUCAUGUGAACAAGUCACUUUAUGUAGUAUAAGUACUAGGCAUGCAUCUAUUUAGCUUUGUAUCUCGUUCUCCUUGUUUCUUCAUUAUCAAAACUUGCAUCACCUUUUCUCUUUGUAUGAUAUCGAAGAGACUUGUAAUAUUUUUCUACCAAGAGUUGAUCCUCUUGAUUCUCUUUAUAACCAUCCGAUCACACUGUUAUACUUCUGGAAUGAAAUCCCUCAUCAAGACCCAUAACAACGAGCGACUUGGCCAAAAUAAGUUGACCCAACCGAGUUAGAUCAGUAGCGUGUUAAAGGUUUUGGGAGGAGAAGUAUAAAGAGGGAAGGAAGAGGGAAGGUGAAAAGAUCUGAAAUGUAGACAAGGCCAAGAAGGACUAAAAUUAGGGUUUAUCAACAAUAAAAUGUAUUCUUGAAAUCCAGAAAUCAUUCUUAAAACUCCAAUAGUCAUACCAAACACUGAUUAAACAUGUCUCAUUAAAUAUUAUUCUUCUUCUCUUAUCAUUUCCUGAGAAAACUCAAUUUUUUCUUCUGGUUUUGAUAAUCAGCGAAGGAACAAUGGGGAAAAAGAAAUCGAAAGGGGAAUUGUUGUAUGAGCAAGCGAGCUAUAACGAGUUUCAAAAACAAGUGAGCUAUGAUAACUCUGAAAGCAUUCGAGCUCUUCAUCGCCAAGGAGCAGACCUCGAGGUUCAAUAUCGUUAUUUGAUUGAUUGUUGAAUUUCUCGUAAAUUAGGGGUUUUAAUCGUAAUUUUUGUGUGUGAUUUUGGGAUUUAGUGGAUGGAUAGAAAAGGCAGAACGCCUUUGAUCAUGGCAUGCAGGUUUCAUGAGCUUUAUUAUGUCGCCAAGACUUUGAUCGAGUUAGGCGCCAAUGUUAAUGCUUAUUGUCCAGGUACUUAAAGAGUUACUUAGCAACAGAUAGAACGUUGAGUUAUAAGCUAAUGUGGUCUCUCUCUCUCUCUCUCUCUCUCUCUCUCUCUCUCUCUCUCUCUCUCUCUCUCUCUCUCUCUCUCUCUCUCUCUGUCGUUGGUUAUCAGCUCGCCAUGCAGGGGCUCCUCUGCACCAUGCUGCUAAAAGAGAUCUUUUCCCAACUGUUGAGUUGCUUCUUUCACAUGCAAAUCCACUUGUUCUCAAUGAUGAUGGUCAAACACCACUUGAGGUCGCUAGAGACAAAGGGUUUACUAUUGUCGUGUAAAAUUGAGAACCACAUCUGCUUGUUCUCUGGUUGGAUGCGUGAGUUUUACGGCCCUGCCUAUCUUGAUUCUCAGAAUCAGUUUCCUUCAAAAAGAGUGUGAGUAUCCAUUAUAAGUCAAUUUUAGCAUCUGUCUUCGGUUAUACGUGCAGUUAACUCUGUUAGUAUGCACAAAAAAUUCGUUUCUUUUGCACAUGGCUAUAAAUCAUCUCUAAAGCUAAUGAUAUUCAGAUGGGUAGUCGUCGUACCAACUAGAUCAAGAAAUCCUGCCCAGCCUUUGAAGUUGGAGGUGGUUGUAUAUGAUUGUUCACUGCCUACUGCCAAGCCACGGACAGUGAUGCCGUUGUGGAAAGCAAACUUGGAGGAACCAAUAACGGACCAGUCUGAUAUCUCAGUGAUGAUCAUUGUCAACGAAUCCACAAUCCUAAGCCGCUGGAGACAAAGACUAAAACGUAGGAAUGAAGUUUAUACGCGUAAGUCUGUCCACUGUUUAGUUGCUAGCAACCAUCCUUUGUUCAUAUCAGAAACUUUUUACCUUCGUGAUGUAAAUAGAUCACUCUAUUUUAUCUGCUCUUGCGUUAAAAUAUUUGUUAAGUUUUUCCUCUCUUUUAUUACAGAAACACAUCUUAGACUUGCCCCCUCCACUAAAGGGGACGAACAACAGCUUAAGUGGUUCUGUGAUGCAUGUAAAGGAAUUCCACAGCCUCGUCGAGUCUUUCUCCAAACAGCACCGUCUGCGCAUCAUGCUAUGAGUGAGACACCGAAUGCCAUUCACCAUUCCGUUGGUGAAGAAAGUUCCUCAACUGCACCACCUCCUCCUCCUCCUUCCUCAGGAAAAGCAAGCACAUCGGUUCUCAAUAGCCAGGAAAGUGUUAUUCUACAUGAACAUUCACCAUCAGCUCCUCCAUUGACAGAUGAUCACAUAGAAACCUUAGAGGAUGGUCCCGUUCAUUACCCAACUAUCGACUCAACACCUGUCGAUGUCCCAUCUUCUUCUCCUCUACCAGCUUCAGCAGAGGGUGAAAAGAAAGAAGACGGGAGCUCUGGACAGUGUUCUAUAUGUCUCGACGCUCCAUCUGACGUGGUUUGUGUCCCGUGUGGACAUCUCGCAGGAUGCAUGUCUUGCUUGAUUGAGAUCAAAUCCAACAACGGGAGAUGUCCUGUCUGUCGCGCCAAGAUUGAUCAGAUCAUUAAACUGUACCGUGUCUGAAAUAGACAGGUACUACAUGAACUCACAUGGGAUCAUCUCUCUCAUUCAUUGUAUUGUGAGGUUAAAGCUUUCCAACCAUUGAAACUCUCUUUCUCUAUUACUCAACCAAGAUCAAUAACCAUGUUUCUAUGUGGUUGUUAAACAAUACUUUUAUACAUGGAGUUGUAAAACAGUACCUAUGUUUUGUAUAUGUGGUUUUGGAUGAAAGAAUGUAACAGGUAUUCAUACUA